AAUGUCGGAAAUCGCGAAUUUCGCGGAUUAUUCGUCGGGAAAUGUGCUGCUUUACGAUUCCCGGGUGUGCCGGUUGUGCGGGGAAGAGAACGAGAAUGGACUGCCGUUGUUCCGGAAUGGUACGGUUAAGGGUGCGUGCGAGAUCAGCCAGCUCAUCAACCGGUAUUUGCCGGUAGCGGUUCAGGAUGAUGGUAUCUCGCCACGGUGGAUUUGCCCCGGAUGCCACAUACAGCUGGAAUCGACGGCCCAGUUCUUCGAGAUGAUCCUGAAAGGGCAACAGUUGGUGGAACAGUUACUGUUCAGAGAAAUCGAGAGGGAGAAAGAGCGCGAAUUGGCGGUCGCGAGCAAGAAUAUCACCGUUGCCCGAGUGGAAGAUCUAGGUCCACUAUACGAUACUCUCCUCGAUCAAGCCAAGUGGAACGAGCUGUUUAGCAAAGCAGAGAUAUCCGUCACAGCAUGCGUUGGAAACGAUCUUCCACCGCUCGAGCUUCACGAGCUCGAGGACUUGCUUAAACCCAUUAAUGACAAAGACACCAGACAAGAUCAGGUACCGUUUAUCGCAGAAGAGGAGUCUCCGGUAAGGGAACCUUCAACGGAUGAAGCGAAUGAACUAGGGGAGAAGGAUUGGAUCGUUAACUCGGAUGUUUCAAAGGCCGGUGGACGGUUGAUAGGAUUCGUGCAGAAUAACAAUGCCACCGAUAUUGGUAGUUUGGUAGUGGUCGAAUCGACGACCGGAUCAUCGCGGACCCAGGCCAAGUUCAUCUGCGAUAUUUGUGCCGCGAGUUUCGCACACGAGCGGCGCUAUGUUCGGCACCGCAAAACCCAUGCCGUUCUGUUCGAGUGUUCCGAUUGUUUGGUGAAGUUCGGCACAACCGAUAAGCUGAAGCGGCAUCAACAACAGAAGGCUCAUCGUGGGCAGGGGAUAGUGGAUGGAAUUCAACUCAAUAAGAAGACGGCACAGCGAGUACAAUCCGUGAGUCACGGGACGGAUAAUGUGGAUCAGUAUGCUUGUGAUAAUUGUGAUAAUACGUUCCCGGAGCUGCAGACGGUGCUGAAACAUGAAGAAACGGUGCACGCGAGUGAAAACAGAACGUACGUUUGUAGUGCUUGUGGUAAGUCCUUCCGGCAGAAGGAUCUUUUAAAACGCCAUCAGAGCACCCACACCGAGGGGCGUCCCCAUCGGUGUACGGUGUGUGAAGCAGCGUUCAAAACACGGUCGACGCUCUCGAAGCAUACCAAAUUACACGACGCGGAAGUGAAGCGUUUCCCGUGCACCCUGUGCGACCUGCAGUUCCGAUACAAGGCCGGCCUCAAGCAGCACUUGAACGUGCACGCGGGCGUGAAACCGUUCCAGUGUCAGUAUUGCGAGAGACGAUUCUCCCAGCGCGGCAACCUGAAGGAACAUUUGCGAACACAUUCGGGUGAUAAACCGUUUUCGUGCGAUUCCUGUGAGGCCAGGUUUUCCACCAGUUCCCAGCAGCGGAUGCACGUCAUGCGCCACAACAGUGCGCGACCGCAUGGGUGUGAACUGUGUAGUAAAACGUUUAUCGCGCUCGAGGCCUACAAAACUCAUAUGCGACGUCAUCGGAACGAGAAACCGUUCGGUUGCAGCGAUUGUCCGCGAUCGUUUUUCGAACGAUGGGCCUUGCGCAAGCACAUCCGUACGCACACGCUAGAGAAACCGUACACCUGCAAGUACUGUGGGAAGGCGUUCUCGGACUCGUCGAACAUGACACGACACGUUGCCACCAUCCAUGGCGGCGAGAGAAAAGGAAGCAAGGUCGAAAGCAGCGAAGAACCACCGGAACCGGCUGACCAGGCUACUGUGAUGACGAUGAGCGACGAGGUAGACACAAUGGUGACUGCUCUUCCUGAGGAUGAGUUACUAUCGUUGGAAUCUGUGGUGCUAAUGAAUGAUCAGUAAGGUAAGUUAGGCCCUCCCUUUACAUCGAAUUCCAUCACAGAACUCCUUGUUAGUAGGUCAAACCCCUAGAGGCCAAAGAAUCGCCCGUAGUCGCAGUAAAACACAUGGUCGCAAUUUCAUGCCAACCGAUUGAACAGGACCCUCGAGCACAGAUCAGAUUACUUCCGACUCCUGCGAUUCCCUUGAGAAGGAAUUCAGGACCACCAGGCAAAGGAACAGAGGAGCGCCAUCAACACGCCCAUUCCUCGUUAUCUUGAAAUGUGAAUCCCCAGUGGUGCUCCUCUAGUUGGCGGACUAGUUUUUGGGUAACUUUACAGUGAUUAGAAAGAAUUUCUCAUUAUGUAAAUUUCCCCCUUUCCGAGACUGGGAGAAGGCGUUUUCGAGGGAAAAAGGAAGAUUAGCUCAGACGGCACCGGUCGCAUCUCGGAUGAGAAGUUUUUGGGAAUCGGGUUUUUGUGUAACAUGAGCACCAACAGCAUACCACCAGCAAUCAGCGAUUGCUGCUGUCCUUCAUCUUCAUCGCAUCCACAUCCUAGCUGGCCAUUACUCACUCUUCCCUUCGACGGUUGGUAGUUGUGUCGUGUGGCAUUUGUAGCUCAUUACCCGUUUCGUGGUUCAUCCAAGUUGCCAGGCCAUUGCCGCUUUUCGGCGGUAGCAUCGCCCUGGGAUCCAAACUACUAUGCGUCCUUGGAGCGUUAGGAAAAACUAGGAGUCUCCAUUGUUUUUUGUAGUUCCUACCGUAGGUUAGCGAAACGAAUGCGCUCGGUAGAAAAUAGGAAAGGUUUUUGUGACCAUCUCUAAUUAGAUACCGUUUCCACCAGUCUGCAAGCUUAAUGAAAAGCUCAUGUUGUGUGUGUUUGACUCGACAAGGAUGGACAGUUACACGGGGAACAGUGCACACAAACAGAGAAACAGCUGUAGAGGGUGUUUUUUAUGUUAGUAAAAUGAUGUUAACACACUUCAAUAAACCCAGUACUUCACAGAGAUAUAUAGCAUGUUCAUACUCAUUUCGAAUGAGAAAUCUCCAUCCAUCCAUUCUCUUUCUCCCCCUCCCAAAACAAUUCGAAUCAAUGCCAGUGCCGCUCGUUUACGAUUGAUCGUUAUGCCAAGUGUCUCUUAAGCGACCGUAAAGGACUUUCCUGAAAAUGGGGAGUCCUUCAUACGAGGCAAUUCACACAUAAAUUAUAGGACACGGCUGGAUUCGGGGUGGGCUCUGGUGCGCUUCACUGAACUCUACCACAUUCCACCUCACCAUCAGAUCAUACAGGACACACAGGACACGUACCACCAUACCUUGAUGCCGGAGGGAAACGGCCGGUAACCGGUGUGGUUCCGGUUGCACAAGUGCAUUGCCACUGUUG